AUGCCUUCAGAAAAGGAGAACACCCCACUGCAUAUAUCCAUCGACAAAGACGAUGCAGCAAGGCACGAUUCCCCAAAGAGCGGCGGGACCCCGCGGAGCAGUACCGGCUGGGAUGGCAAAUUACGAGUAGAAAAGAAAGCUGAGCUGGCCAACCCGGAGGCUCUAUCAGAUCCCGAGUACUCAGAUGAAGAACAAGUCCUACCAGGGGAAACGCUCGAAGCAGACGAAGAUCUCCUCGACGACUACCCCUCCGACACCGAGGAAAUUGAUUGUGUCCAUGCUCGUGUAUCCUCAAUUCCGGCCCUUCGCCUUGAGCGAUUUAAAGCGGUAACCCGAUUAUGUCUCCGCCAAAAUUCCAUCACCGAAAUCGAAGGCUUCUCCUGCCUAGCCGCCACCCUCAAAGAACUCGACCUCUAUGAUAACCUCAUUGCACAUAUCCGUGGACUUGGAGACCUUACCAACCUGACCAGCCUAGAUCUAUCCUUCAAUAAAAUCAAGCAUAUCAAAAAAUUGGACCCCCUGGUGAACCUAACGGACAUCUACUUUGUGCAAAACAAGAUCAGCACAAUAGAGAACCUGGACAGCCUCACAAAGCUGCGGAAUUUGGAGCUGGGCGCAAAUCGGAUACGAGAGAUACAAAACCUGGACAACUUGACAGGCUUAGAAGAACUAUGGCUAGGGAAAAAUAAGAUCACAGAGAUAAAGGGCCUUGAUGCGCUGAAGAACCUUAAGAUCCUAAGCAUACAAUCGAACCGUAUACGCCAAAUUUCCGGGUUGGACUCAUUAACUAGUCUCGAAGAACUGUAUAUCUCCCACAACGCACUCUCGUCCCUAUCCGGAUUGGAGAAUGUCCGUGGCUUGAGGGUACUAGAUGUCAGCAGCAAUCAGAUCCCGAACAUAACUGGUCUAAAGAAUUUGGACAACCUGGAGGAGUUCUGGGCCAGCUAUAACCAGAUUUCAGAUUUCGCGGAGGUAGAGUCCGAGUUGAAGGACAAAGAGAAGUUGACUACGGUUUAUUUUGAAGGGAAUCCACUGCAGUUGAAAUCUCCGGCACUCUACAGGAACAAGGUGCGGUUGAUGUUGCCGCAGGUUAUGCAGAUUGAUGCCAGUAAGUUGUCCUUGAUUCACAACAUGAUAAUACUCUACUGA